AUGGCCAGAUGCGGCGCCAGAUAUUUGGCCAUCUUUUGUAGCAACGCCGGAAGUAUUCCAUCAGGUCCGGGUUACCUUAAUGGUUUGAAGGUCCUCAAGGCUUCCAUGAUCAUAAAUUCCGUUAUAAUAACGUCGGAGACGAAAUCCCUCACUACGGAUUCGAUGACGUUGCCGACUCCAUUCCAUUAUGAAUCCGUUGCUGCGGGUUCGUAUGCGUCUACUGAGCGCAUGAGAGUGAAUGCAGAAUCCUUACGAAAAAUCGCUAUCAGUUUAAAUUCGGACAUAGACAUGGGCAAAGCUAAUCGCCGUGCGUCUACACGCGAUGAGGAUCGGGAAAUUAUAUUUAGAAGACUAUCUCGCGAUUGUGCUUUAAACAUACAGUUUGCAGAUCUUUCAUAUGAAGUGAAGCUCAGAAAUGAAAUACUUCCCGUUGAAGAUGUCAACUUGUUUUCAUUUUACAUUCAAUCUUUGUUUACAUUUUCUACUAUUUGUCGGCAUCUUCUAUCAUCCUUAAUGUUUAUGGUGCCUUUCCAUUUUCUGGUUUCGUCAGAAAAGAUAAUUUUGAAUAACAUAACUGGUGAAUUCCGAUCGGGUGAAUUAUCCGUCAUUAUCGGUCCAUCUGGAAGUGGAAAAACUACAUUAAUAAAUCUCUUGGCAGGCUAUCGAAUUCGCAAGACAUCUGGUCGCAUUGAAGUAAAUGAUAAAUUGGAAAAUGUGAAUAGAUUACGAAAAUUAUCUCGCUAUAUAUUUCAAGAAGAUUGUAUCAGCUCAAAGUUUACAAUUUUGGAAACUAUGAAAUAUGCCUCGAGAUUCAAAUUGAUCAACAAUUUUACGCCAUCCGAACGUCAAAAGGUGAUAAAUGAGUAUUUGAAUAUAUUUCUACUCACAGAUAAGGCCCAUACAAGGAUCUCUGAUAUAUCUGGAGGUGAGCGAAAACGCCUUUGUGUGGCCUUGGAGUUGCUAAAUAAUCCUGCAGUAUUAUUUUUGGACGAACCAACGACAGGACUUGAUGAAUUUUCUGCCACACAGUGUGUAACUCUAUUAAAAAGGCUUGCUGAUUCUGGUCGAACUGUGGUCUGCUCCGCACACUGUCCCUCAGCCCGACUGCUUCAGAUGUUCAAUAAAGUCUAUGUAUUAUCUGAAGGGCAAUGUAUUUACCAGGGCACAGUUAAUGGUAUUGUACCAUAUUUACAGCAUUUCCAGUUGACCUGCCCCAUCACCCAUAAUCCUGCCGAUUACAUUAUUGAAGUGGCUACAAAUUUUUAUGGCAACUAUCACAACGAUUUGGUAAAUGCUAUACAAAAUGGCAAAAUUUCAAAAUGGUCACCUGUGAUUGCAGAAAAUCAACAAAACCAUCGUCCCUGUGUUUAUGACAGCGUGGAUGAUGAUUCUCCGGACUUUGGUACUUAUGAAUGGAAAACAGCGUGGAUCAUUGAGUAUUUGUGGAUAUUUUGUAGAAUUAUACAUCAAAUGUGGAGAGAUAAGACAAAUAUUAAAUUGAUGGUAUUUACCAACAUAUUCCUAUCAGUAAUUUUGGGCGUAACUUAUCACAACAUUGGUAAUGAUGCUGUUUAUGGACUAUUUAAUUACAAUCUGGUGGUAUUGAUCUCAGUUAUGUUCCUCUUUUUGGCCAUGUCACCCAUGUUGGCCUAUGUUCCUCAAGAAAUGCAGUAUUUACGUAGGGAGCAUUUCAAUCAAUGGUAUCGCCUAAGUUCCUAUUUCAUGGCCUUGGUGUCGUGUCAAAUGGUUGUCUCAUUUAUAAUGUCUCUUUUGGCCUCCAGCAUAAUAUACGUGUUAUGCAAUCAACCGCUGGAACUUUUUCGAUUCAUGUUAUUUUUUCUCAUUGCGUGGCUCACCUUUUUGACAGCCUCCAGUUAUGGUAUGCUCAUAGGAAGCAGAAUGCGUCUAUUGAAUGCUCUUUUUAUGGGACCCAAUAUAGCUGCUGUUUGGAUUAUGCUGGCCAACUAUUCCGUUGAGAAGGCCUACCUUCAUACAUGGGAGAAAGUUCUCAUGUACAGCAGUUUUAUACGACACACGUUUGAAGGUGCAAUGAUAGCUCUAUUCGACUUUAAUCGCUCCGAUUUCGUUUGUCCACCGAACAUUGUUUUGUGUUUGGUUACCAAGCCCAAACUUUUGCUUAAAAUAUCAGGUAUACCGGAUCCCAGUUACGUGCAAGCAGCGCUUUUUUUGUUGGGUUUCUAUAUCCUGUUUACUACCUUGUCCUUUGUGGUUUUCAAAUGUCGCCUGAGUUCAUUUGAAUUAUUACAAAGAAAUUCUCUUUAUCAGUAUAUGCGUUAUUUACAAUCGAAAUAUGUAUUUGGUGAAAGUUAG